AUGCUGUGCUACCGGAAGCGCACGAGAAAAGAGCUGAGGGAGGUGGCAUGGGACCAGUGGUUGUCAAGUCCUAUCCCUAAGGCUGGGUGGUCGCCAUUUGCGUGCCGGAGUUGCUUCCGCGAGGGCGAGCCUGUCCCGCUUCAUAGACGUCUCGGUUGUGAGCACACGUUCCCGGAUGAGCUCAAGGGCCUGACGCCGGUGGAGGAGAAGCUGAUCGCGCUGAACUCGUGCUACGGAUUCCACGUCAAGGGCCACAUCACGGUGUUCCCAAACAACGUACAAGAGCUGGCGACGGACGUGCUGCCGCACCCUCUCUUCCAGGUAAUGGACGAGAUCCACGUCUCGUGGCAGGGGGCGCUAAGGCCGACACCGAGCGAUCUGUCGAGUCUCCUAUCGAGAUGGAGAGCUGGGGACCCGGCCCACGGGGUGCCGCCGUUGGUGUACGAGCGCCUGGAGCGGAACGAGCCGUCGGCGUGGGAGAAGACGCGGACGGCGCACGUCGUGCCGCCCACGGAGCGGGCCAUGGACGACGAGGGGGCGGUGGAGAUCGAAGAAGUCCUCGCCAUGCUCAACCAAGGGGAAAGCACGACGAGUCGCGAGGCCGGCGAGCCAGAGGCAAGCGAGGUGGACGAGGUGCGUGGUCAGAGCUGCGGCGAGGCCGAUGAUAAUGCGAAGACGGUCAACGAGCUGCGCAUGCUGAGCGUGACGAGGAAGAACUUCCGCAAGGUGGAGCGCAUCGUACGGUCGCUGACCGCAGACGGGUUAGCGGCAGCCAGAGCCGAGCUGGAGAGCACAGGCAAGACGACCGACGACGGCGUGAAAGAGCUCCGUCUCAGUAUGCGGCACAAGAUCCUGGCGCUCAUCGUCCGCUACGGCGUGCCUGCGAUCUGGUUCACGAUCAACCCAAACGACAUCACGAACCCGGUGAAGCUCCGACUGGCAGCGUACCGCACGCGCGACCCUGAGGCGGCCGAGGAGUUCCUGCGGAGCCUCGAUAUGUCGUUCAAACGGGUGAGGCUGUCCGUCUCCGACCCGAUGAGCUCAGCCAUGUUCUUCCACCGGGAGAUGACGCUGUUCUUCGAGCAUUACGUAAAUGCAGGGGGGGAGUCGGUGUUCGGGCGCAUCGGCCACUACUACGGUGCCGUGGAGACCAACGAACGAGGAUCCCUUCACGUCCACGGGCUGCUCUGGUUACACGGAAACGCGCACCUGAGCUCCAUGCUUUCCGACGCCCACGGGGAGGAGCAGGCGGCGUACCGUGAGCGAAUCAUCCGCUAUGUCGAUAGCGUCUUCUGUGAGGACUUGGACCAGGAAGGCUUCUGCGCCGUGCAGGCGGAGCGUUCGGUGACGUCUGACGUCUCAUCCCUGCUGGACAGUGCCGAGCAGUUCUCGGCCGGAUUCGAAGAGGAAGCCAACUUCUGCGCCGGCGCGACGCAGAUCCACACCCACAGCCCGACAUGCGUCAAGUACUCCCUGGGCAACAAGGGGCGAAGGGGCGACCUCUGUCGCUUCAAGGCGCCAUGGAAGCUGGUCGAGGAGACGACGCUCACAGGACGGCGUGCUGCGGAUCCGCAGGACGCAUCCCAUGGUGAAUCGGUGGAACAAGGCCAUCGCCGUGGGCUCCGCCACAACCACGACAUCUCCUUCAUAGCGACGCAGCGGAAGACCAUGGCUCUCGUCUAUUACGUGACGAAUUACGCGACCAAGGUAGAGGACCCGACGUGGAAGGCGUCGCCGCGGCCGCGGAACUGCUGCCCGUCGUCGCAGCAGGUGGCCAGCCGGCGCGCCCUGUCGCAAGUCGAGGUCGUCGCCCAUCUCCUGGGAUACCCGAGCGAGUUCACGAGCAGCAGCGCCUGGGCGUACCUGAACGUGUCGGUGCUCUACUGGCACGUCUCCAGGCGCUGGCGACACCUUCGGCAGGAGAGCGGCACCGCGGUCGCAGACGUGUCCGUGGACGAGUCGGUCGCCGUGGAGGAAGCAGGCGAGAGGAUCAGCUUCGCCGAGGCGUACCAUCAUCGCGGACACGUCCUACGAGGCUUGUGCCUAUAUGACUAUGUUUCGCUCGUCAGGCUCCAACGCGUCGGCAAGGACGGGUGCUCCGGUGCCUGGGGAGAGGUGCCUUCGAGAGCGGCUGGGUGGCCGGCAAAGACUGGGUGCAGCAAGGAUUUCGAGCAAGACGACGAGGAACAAUGCCACCGCCGAGCAGCCGUGCAGCAUCUUGCCCUAUUCGCGCCGUGGGAGACCUUUCUUAGCGAAGAGCGAGGCGACAUCAACGAGAUAUGGAGGCGCGCACGAGAGCGGCUUCCGCCAAGAACCUCGUGCCUCGUCGAUAACGUUCAACUACUCCGGCGGUCCGCCGAGGACGCAAAGCGAGACGCCAAGCAAUGGGCAGCGUCGUCCGGCGACGGGGAUCCGGCCGGCGCACCUGGCGAUUGGGGGGAGGAUGGGGAGGGGCCGGGCGAGGCGGACCGCGAGGCGGGAUCCGCGUACCAGUCCGACAACGUCGGAAACGCAACGCGACUGAUCGAUGUCGUUAGAAGCGCGACCGGCGCGAACCAGAUCACGGCGGGGUCGCGGGAGCUUUCGGGAAUGAUGCAGCAGCUCUCCCGCUUCCAGCAAUCAGCGCUAGCCUCGACGGCCGAGCUCCGGGCCACCGUCGUGACCGAACGGGGUGGGGGGCACAUCAACAUGCCCGGGCAGGUGUUCUCCGGGGCCGCACUACCGCCGCAGGAUCAGGUCAAGGCUAUCAAGUCGCAGCAGACAUGCGCCUCCAGAGAGGGUGAAGAUGAUCCAGGGCAUACAAAGCAUGGCCCCGGCCCACGGUACCGAUCGCGGCGCAGCGGAGCGGAGCGUGCUCGCCGGCUUCGGGAGGAAGACGUCCAGGUGACGCGAGUGGAAACCGAGGAGAGGGCAGGUAACGCGGAGGCCGGCAUGGAAGUCCGCCUCGGCCCAUCCACCUCCUUUCACGAGGCCGGGAAAGACUUGACAAGACGAUUGACGCUAAACAAGAAGCAGGCGAUUGCCUUCUCCAUAAUAUGCCGCCACCUGGACUCGAUGCGGCAAGGAGACGGAGGCGACGUCAGCCAGCUCUGUCAGUUCGUCGGCGGCGAGGGCGGCACCGGCAAGUCGCGCGUCAUCGAAGCACUCGUGGGCCUCUUCGCCGCGAAGGACCUCUCGCAUCGCCUGCUGAUCACGGCGACGUCGGGGACCGCCGCCGCGCGGGUCAACGGCAUCACCAUCCACUCGGCCUGCGGCUUCACCAAGGACCAAGGGCCGGGCGCGAACACGGCGAGGGACGUCGACGGCGUGCGGUUGCCGAGGCAGGCGGAGCGGUUCGUCAACGGCCAGUCUCGGAUGGACUGGCAGGAUAAGGACAUGCUCGUCAUCGACGAGGUGAGCAUGCUCGGCGCGCGGACGCUGCACGCCGUCAACGAGCGGAUCUGCCAGCUGCGGGGAUCGCAGCGGGACUUCGGCGGGAUCCCCAUCGUCCUCUUCUGCGGGGACUUCCACCAGUUCCGCCCGGUCCAGGAGAGGUCGAUCCUGCUGCCGAGCGCGGCCGUCUCGUGGGACGAGGACAACUCGUUCAGGGCCGAGCAGCGCCACCAGCACGACAAGGCGCACGCGCUGUGGAGGCGGUUCACGACGGCCGUCAUGCUGGACGAGCAGAUGCGCGCCGCCGGCGACCCCGAGCCGCAGCGGCUGCUGAAGCGGAUCCGCGGGGCGCGGAUCCCGUGGGAGACGGGCAUCACCGUGGUGACGCCGCUCAACAGAAAUCGGUGGAACCUCAACAUGGAGGCGAGCCUGGCGUUCCAGAUCCAGCAGCGGUCGACGGUGCGCAUCUUCCUCUCCGAGCACAAGUGGAAGGACGGCCUGCCGACCGAGGAAGAGGCCAUCAUGAUGCUGAACCAGGGCGACGACAGCGCGAUCCCGGUGCCGGCCGUCUUCAUGUUCGUGCCGGGGAUGCCGGUCGUCGUGAACCACAACACCCACCAGGGGCUGAAGCUGGUGAACGGUGCUAGCUACACGGCGGUGGAGGUCAUCGUCGACAAGGCGCACCGGGGCAUCGGAUCUCGGCCGACAUGA